AACAAUUCUUAUCGUUUAAAUCCAAACAUAAUUCUUAUCUAACUAAAAAUUAAUUGAAUCCAAUGAGUUUAUGUGAUUAAUCUAUGGCGAAUCAUUCAAGCUUUACCUCACGUCUGUUAAUGGAAUGUAAUUAUUAUUGGACACAUUUCAUGAAUUGUUUGGCAUUUAUUGAUGAUAAUCAUUAUUAGGAUUUAUUCAGUCGUAAAAAUCGGGCCAAUUCUUUACCGUUUUAUGUGAAAAUUCAAUCUAAAACUUCAAUUUAAAGAAAUGAAUUCCUAACUCUAACUUUUUGGAUAGAUGAAGAUACAGAAGAUAGUAUUUUUAUCAUCACUUUUUUUCUUAGAAUCUCAAGCUAUUACUUUACAACCGAAUCGAUUUUUCUUAACGAAUAAUUACUUAAACACUUCAAUUAAACAUAGAGAAAAACGUCAAGACUCCGACGAAGUAGAAGAUCUCGAGCUUUCUUGUAAUUUCGGACAAAAUUCUGAUCUUACGUUUUGCGAUUGGGUCCAUCCGAAAAAUGCCUCCGAUCGUUUUCGUUGGCAAGUCAAUCGAGGAUCGCGAUAUUUGUUGUUGGGUGGUCCCGAAAACGAUCGAACAUCCGCUGAUUACGAAGGUGGUUAUGCUGUUUACGAAACAUCCCUGUAUCCUUCGGAUAAUGUGGAUGAUAAUAUCGCAGAUAACGCAUUGCUUUUAAGUCCAAAUAUUUCACGAACUGAACCGCAGGGGACUUGUUUAACGUUUUAUUACUCGAUUGAGGGACUCAGUGCUGAUAAAUUACGAAUAUUGCUCUAUCGUCACGCAGAUAAAUCAAUGAUACCUCUUUGGGAGAGCAGCGACAUAAUGACCGAAAACUGGCAGAAAGGAGAAGUAGUUUAUGCCAUUGGAGAGAAACAUCAGAUCGUCUUUGAAGCUCUUCCUAAAAAGUUAAAGGAUUCGGAACGAUGUUUUCGUGGUUACAUUGCAAUCGAUGAUAUAGAAUCUAAUGAAGUCGGAAGUGAUUCGUCCGAAAAUUGCUUAGGACAUUGUACAUUCGAGGGUGGAUUUUGCGGUUGGGUUAAUCUAGACGAAGAGGAAGAGGAUGAUUUUGACUGGACGUUGAGCAGAGGAAGUCAAAGUUAUCUAACAGGACCGUGUCGAGACUUUACUAGCUUUAAUAAAGAUAUUCCAACAGGUGGUUACGCUUCAAUUGAGAAUGCCAAACCGAGAAAACCGGGUGAUAGAGCCGAAUUAGUCAGUCCUUUAUUUCAAGCUACUGGAGAUAGUAAUCCCGUAUGCAUGAGAUUUGCCACUCACAUGUUUGGCAACGGAGUGGGAAUCUUAAGAGUCAAACAGCAAUAUCAACUAGAUGAUGAAAAUGUAGAAAGAGUGUUAUGGGAAAUAGGAGGGGAUGCCGGAAACCAUUGGUAUAUGGCACAAGUAUCCGUUUCUUCUCCCAGUCCUUAUAAGCUUUUGUUCGAAGGAAUAGUUGGCAAAAAUACAAUGGGUACUAUAGCUAUCGAUAAUAUCUCUUUUAGACCCGGAUCAUGUCCAAUUUAUCCUCAAACUGCCGCUGAGCUCUCUGCCGAUUGCAAUUUUGAAGAAAAUAUUUGCAAUUGGAUCAAUUCUCCUCCUCAAGCUGGAGAAGAUGAUUUCGAUUGGAACAGAAUUCAAAAUUAUGCUCACGUUCAAAGUCUUCCACUUAUAGACCAUACAACUGGAACUUCCGAAGGCUUCUUUAUGGCGUUAUCUAACACAUCACCCUUACCACUUCGAGGAGGUACUAGAGCAUGGUUAAUCAGUCCAAAUUUACCAGCUCCUGAAGGUCCUAGAUGUAUUGAAUUCUAUUAUUAUAUGUUCGAACGUACAAUCGAUUCUAGUGGUCCAAAUUUGGGUAGCACUCGAGUCUAUACGAGACCAGCACUUCCGGAGCAAUCUUUAAAUAUAACUCCUAUCUGGAGAUUAAUCAAUCAUCAAAGAAGACAAUGGCUUAGAGCUAGAGCGGCUGUAGUUAUUGGACCAGAAAGACAAACACCGACAGAACCUUUUCAAGUGAUCAUUGAAGGAUUAUGGGGUCACGGAAGUGUCGGUGCUAUUGCUAUUGAUGAUAUUAGUUUCUUCGAUGGAGAUUGUGGAAAUUAUCCUAAUGACGGAACACCAAUCAGAGGGGAAUGCUUCUUUGAUAAAGAUACUUGCGACUGGAGCGAUAGAACAAUAGCACCUCCGACAUACGAAUACGGAAUUGGAGAAAGGGGUGCUUCAGUAAGAUGGAGAUUAGCUACUAGUAUUAGUAGACCUGCUAAUGUAUUCGAUCGUACUUUUGGAGGGACUACUGGAUUCGUCUUCUUCGAUGUCUUCAAUCAGCAGAGAAUUCAAAAACCUAUUUUAAGAAGUCCUAUUUUAAAAAAUAGUGAUAGUGGAGUGAGGUGUUUCAGCUUUUGGUUUGUUAAAUUUGGUAGAGGAGCGGAUACUUCUCUGGCUGUACAAUUAGUAGAUUUAUCCGAAUCUGAAUCCGAAAAGUUAUCGCUUCUGUGGAAAGUUGGCGGUAAAGAAAAGAAUCAUAUCAAAACUGUAGAAUGGACUUACGCACAAGUUGAAAUACGAAUGGAAACAGAUUAUGCUCUCCAAUUUCAUGGAGAAUCUGCGGAUGGAGGAUUCGCUAUAGAUGAUAUCACUUUUAACGACGUGAAAUGUUCCAUUCGGCCGCCAACGGCUAAACCAAUAGAUGAAGAAUCGGAGAAUGAAUCGGAUUAAAAAAAAAAUGAAAUGAUAUAAAUUGAAUUUGUAAAUAGAUAUUGUUGAAAUAUUUAAUGUUUUAAAUUUAUUAUUAAUUUCUAAGAACAGAUUAUAUUUAAACUACACCUACAUCUAAUUUAUGAAUAAAGAAAUUCGUAUUGUUAUGCUAUUAAAAUGCUAAGUAGGUCAUACCAUGUAAACUUUAGAAAUGAUUUUUAAAAUAUGUUAUAAGAUAAAAUAAAAUUA